ACCGAGAGGAGAGGAGCCAACGUUUGAGACGCGCAGACGGUCUUUGCGUCUGAUGUUGUGGAGUUUAUUGGGUGGAAACCUGUGGCGUUGUUCAGAGGGAUUAAGGAGAACCCUGAGUUAGUAGCGGGGGGAACAACGGAUUCUCUGCUGGGAUAAAGAAGAGAAGAAGAAGCAAAGCGGAGUCAAGAAGGAGACGUGGGAGACGAGGCAGACAGUCAAGGCAUGGGGUCGGACUAUCCUUCCUCCCGCCGGACCGCGGGCGACUCUGGGAGUUCUAGGAGCCCCACACACACUCGCUGCAGCUGCAGCAACGGCAGCGGCAGCAGCAGGAGAGUCAGGGGUGUCCGCUGCUCCCCGUUCCUCCAUCCCCGGACCCUGUUCCUGGUCCCCCUGCUGCUGCUGCUGUCCCUGCCCCUGUGGAGCCAGCAGGCCGAGGCCGUGGUGCACUCCAGCUUCAAGCGGCUCAGCGGCCGGGAGAAGAAGGAGAUGCAGAAGGAGAUCCUGUCCGUCCUGGGCCUGCCGGGGAGACCCAGGCCCCACCCCCCUCUCCGGCCGCCCUCCUCGGCCCCCCUGUUCAUGCUGGACCUGUACCACGCCGUGUCGGCCGAGGGCGAGGAGCAGGGGAACGACAUCCUGGGUAAUAACGGAGUGAGGAUGGGCGUGGCCGAUGGGCGGGGUCACGUGAUCCACGGCGUGCUGCCGACCCUCAGCACGCACACGCCGCCGCUGGGGACGGUGAUCAGCGAGGCGGACACCGUGAUGAGCUUCGUCAACCUGGUGGAGCAGGAGAGGGAUCUGCUGCAGCCCCGGCCCUACUGGAAGGAGUUCCGCUUCGACCUCACCCCCCUCCCGCAGGGGGAGACAGUGACCGCCGCAGAGUUCCGUAUCUACAAGACCCUGACGAUGGGCCAGCGGGCUAACCGCACCCUCCAUAUCUCCGUCUACGAGAUCCAGCGAGACAACAGACACAGAGAGCCUGAACUGGUUCUGCUGGACAUCCAGUCUGUCCCUGCUGGCCAGGAAGGUUGGCUGGCCUUUGACGUCACCUCCGCCUCCAACCGCUGGCUCCUCCACCCGCGCAGUAACCUAGGGAUACGGCUCUACGUGGAGACAGAGGAAGAUCGCUCCCUGUCCGCGGGCUGGAUCGGUUUGGUUGGGCGCCGGGGCCCUCGUUCCAAGCAGCCCUUCAUGGUGACGUUCUUCAGGGCCAGCCAGAUUCCCUGCCGCCCACCGCGCGCCGUCAAACCAAACCCCCGCAAGAAGAAACACAAAUACGACCUGCCCGUCCCCAGCAUACAUGAUCACAGUCACGCCAACAGUGGGCGCCAGGCGUGCAGAAAACACGAACUCUACGUCAGCUUCAGUGACCUCGGCUGGAAGGACUGGGUGUUGGCCCCUACGGGCUACUCUGCCUACUACUGUGAUGGGGAAUGUCUUUACCCUCUGGGCUCCUGCAUGAACGCGACCAACCACGCCCUCAUCCAACAAGUGGUGCAUCUGUUAAAGCCAGAGGAGGUGCCCAAGGCGUGCUGCGCACCCACCAAACUGAGUCCCAUCUCGGUGCUCUUCUACGACGAACACAACAACGUCAUCCUCAAGAAGCACCGCAACAUGGUGGUCAAGACCUGCGGAUGUCUAUGAUACAUCAUCCCCUCCCCCCAGGCCCCAGUAGCAGGAGUGUUCGGUAUAUGUUCUUAAGGUUGUUGUACGAGCUGAAAUGAGGUGGAAUGAUUUAUAAUGGCAAUUAUAAGGAAACCCAUUUAGGCUCUGAAGCGCUUAACCGGUGGAGGGGAAACAAUUAAGUUAGAAUCCUUUGGCAUUGAAAAAGCCACAUGGCGUAGGUUUAAAUCGAAUCAGUACUUAUUUUGACUAUAAAAUUCAUUGAGUAGGAUAACUGGAUCCAUGAACAUGAUGUAUAAGCAGCUGGAUAAUGGCAUACUAUCCACGCAAUCUCAGUAAUCUUUGAUUACAGGGUAGGAUAGGAUCAAUCAAGUGUUAUUGCAAUCCUAAAAAUCUCAUUAACACGCGCACUCUAUCUGAUCCAGAUGUUUCUCUUGUGACCAUCUGGAAAGAUUGAAUCGCAUCUCUAGGGUCAAAGGUCAGAUCGUCAGUUUGUUUGAUCAUCGUGUUUAUAAAGAGUGGUACUGCAUGCAUAGCAUAGCUGCCUUGAAGAUUUAUAUAGGAUAUGUGCUGCUAUGUUUUCCUAAACUGAUUUAGUUCAUCGAAAGAUAUUGCCCUUAAGCUAGAGUGGACAGUUUAACACUGUACUGUGUGAUGAAACAAGAUACAAGUUUGUGUGUUCAAGUCUACCCUCCAAGCUAUCCAAUUCCAGUUUUAAGUCGAAGUAAGACUUCCUCCAUUUGCUUUUUAAAGCCACCAUGAUUUCACUGAAUAUUCUGGGGACCUCCCAGAUUUUAUUUGAUAUAUAAUUGUCUUAAUAUUAUCAUAUUGUUUCAGAGUAGGGGAGCCUUCAACAUCAAUUUUGUCUUAAUACUGUAAAUAUAAGGCCGUAUACAGAUACUUUAGUUACAGGAAAAAUAAUGUUUGUUUGAAUAGACCAUAUUUGUACUGUUAAGUUUUUGCACAUAUUUUGUACAUUUCACUCAGAUUAACUUGAUAUACAUGGUAGCAUAUGACAUUUGAUUUCAGAACUUCCUUCCCAUUAAUUAAUACCUUCCACAUUAAAUGAGGGGUUUGAAUACAACAGUGUCAACAUAUACCCCUUUGACUUUAACAUUGCCUUUUUUAAAUGUCAUAAUCAACCUCGAAAUGGUGAUCAGUCAGAAGUCAUAUUACAAAAGGUGCUUUGAUAAAUAAAGCGUUGUAGUGUUACUUUAAAUACAUUGCCGUUUAUUGAAAAGGUUAAAAAGCAAAACAUACAUCAGCAGUCGUAACUAAUUAGUUAGCCUUUUAUACUUCAGUUGCAUGAUGCUGCGCAAGUUUGAAUCUUUAUAUCUAGAUAUAGAUAUAUAAAAAAAACUAGACCGCUACAACGUCUUGGCCUUUGCCUGAAAUGUCAUCCGAACUGUUCAGUUCACGGCAGUGAAUUCAAAUUAGUUGAAAUAGUGAUUAAGAGACCACAAGAGAGCAAGUAUCAGGAGGUAUACGUGCAUAGUUCUGGAACCAAUGGAAUUCUUUUCCUUAAAAAUGGAAUCCUGAAUGCGGCGCAUGUCACCCUUACAUUCUAUUCCCAAGUCUUGCACAAUGGGCCUCAUCACCUAAAGGCCAGAACAAAGUUGGCCAGUAGUAGAAUGAGGCCAGUUAGAACAACGUAACCUCAGUGCAUGGGGAUAGGGUGGGCAGCAGGGGUUGCAUGACACAGGGUGUCUUAACAUUGCAACAGUGAGGCAUGGAUGAACAACACCCAAUACACUCAAGGUCACUAGGUACUGUUGGUCGAGGCAUGACCAAGAGGAAAGAAGCAAAUCGGAACCAGAGCCAUUUUUUUUGCGUUGUUUGGCCUGGAAAGCCUUGGUCCCAAAAAGCUAAAAACUUUCAAACAUGUUCUUUGUUUUAUCCACAACUUGUAUUUAAUCGUUCAAAAAAAAAGCACAAUGAAUUUAGCUAGUGGUUUGCUGUGCAAGUCCAGGUUAUUGAUGCAGGA